AUGCCGCCCCCAAUUCAAUUAUUCUUGACCACUAUUGCAAGCGAACCAAAAUUACGGUCGAGACAGGAGUAUCUUCUCCGCACACUACAAGUCAAGAAAAUCCCAUUUGUUUCUUAUGACCUGGCGUCAGAUCCCAAUGCAAAGCGGCUGUGGAGACGCAGAGCACCCAAGGAUAAUCAAGCCCUUCCCGGAAUGCUGCUCGGGGGAGUCUGGCCCGGAACGUUUGAGCAAUUCGAGGCCGCCGUGGAGACUGGGACGCUGGAGACCUUUCUUCGUAUGAAUGAGGACUAUAAUCCUGAAAUUGAUGGCAAAGUUCUCGAAGCGCAGCCAAUUGGCGUUCCCGGCGCAGUAAUGCCAGAAGCCAUGACAGGUCAGAAGCCUAGCUUCGCACCAAAUGGGCCAACCCCAAUACGAAAGUCCGGACCAAAGGGAUCUGCAGACGAACUGGUGGAUGCUGGCGACGUGCUCCCUGGCUUUGGUUUCCAGGGCAUGAUGGUGACGAUCGGAGAGUUGACUGAGCUCGCUAAGGAUCUCAAAUUGGAUGACAAAGAGCAAGCUUCUGUUCUUGCAAAGGCAGCGAAAGCCUCCAAGCAGGCAACGUCCUCUAGCAGCAAGGAACCCUCAAAGGAGAGCGAUGAUACGAAACCAGCACCAGUAGACACUGAUAGAGAGCAUGACGCAACAAAGGAACCUGGAGAAAAAGCCGCAGUAAAGACGGACGCUUCUCAGGAAGCAACUGCCCCCACUCCACCGGCGGAGCCGAAAGCUGAAGCAGAAGUAAAGGAAUCGGAGGCGAAGGAGACGGCUUAA